AUGAAGAAAUCACGUGGCCAUAAGUCAGACCACGGAAAAGGAGGAAGAGGCGAUGAGGCAGCCAUCUUGGAGACAGAGGACCUGGACUUCAUGGGAGGGGGAGGGGGUCCUGACCCCGACACCAUCUCCCUGGCCUCAGUCACAGCCGUCACCACAAAUGUCUCCAACAAGAGAUCAAAACCAGACAUUAAGAUGGAACCUAGUGCCGGGAGACCAAUGGAUUUCCAAGUUAGUGUUACCGUCAUAGAGGCCAGGCAGCUAGUGGGGCUGAACAUGGAUCCAGUAGUCUGUGUGGAGAUCGGAGACGAUAAGAAGUACACUCAGAUGAAGGAGUCGACAAACUGCCCAUACUACAAUGAGUAUUUUGUCUUUGACUUCCACGUCCCACCUGAUGUUAUGUUUGACAAGAUCCUGAAGCUAUCGGUAAUCCACUCCAAGAACCUCCUGCGUAGUGGGACUCUGGUUGGCUCUUUCAAACUGGAUGUAGGCAGCGUCUACUCGCAUCCAGAACACCAGUUUUUCCACAAAUGGGCCCUUCUCUCUGACCCUGAUGACAUCACUGCCGGGUGCAAAGGUUACAUUAAAUGUGACAUCGCCGUCGUGGGGAAAGGAGACAACAUCAAGACUCCACACAAGGCCACCGAAACCGAAGAUGACAUAGAAGGUAACCUCCUGUUACCUGAGGGGGUUCCCGCGGAGCGUCAGUGGGCUCGCUACUAUGUGAAGAUCUACAGAGCUGAGGGCCUUCCCAAGAUGAACACCAGCAUCAUGGCUAAUGUCAAGAAGGCUUUCAUUGGGGAGAACAAGGACCUUGUGGACCCUUAUGUACAAAUACUCUUCGCUGGCCAGAGGGGGAAAACAUCUAUCCAGAAGAGCAGCUACGAGCCAAUCUGGAACGAGCAGAUCGUCUUCACUGAGAUGUUUCCACCGCUCUGCAAACGCAUGAAGGUCCAAAUCCGAGACUCGGACAAAGUGAACGACGUGGCCCUCGGAACACACUUCAUUGACCUGAGAAAGAUCGCCAAUGAUGGAGACAAAGGCUUCCUUCCCACCCUGGGUCCGGCUUGGGUGAACAUGUAUGGCUCCACUCGUAGCUACACCAUCAUGGACGAGCACCAGGACCUGAACGAGGGUCUGGGGGAGGGGGUGUCCUUCAGAGCCCGCCUGCUGGUCAGCCUGGGUGUGGAGAUCCUGGACACCUCCUCCCCGGAGAUCAUGAGCUCCACCGAGGUGCAGGUGGAGGGGGUGCCUAACAUCUCAGAGAGCGCCACGGGGAAAGUAGAGGAGUUCUUCCUCUUCGGGGUGUUCCUAGAGGCCACCAUGAUUGACAGGAAGAUCGGGGACAAACCAAUCAGCUUCGAGGUUACGAUAGGUAACUAUGGGAGCGAAAUUGACGGCGUGACCAAACCCAAGUCGAGUAGCGGGAAGAAGAGUGGGGGAGACGGAGAUGAAGAGGAGUCGGAGCUGAUCCAAGGUUCCAGUGAUGAAGAGGAGGGGGAUGAUAAUGACCUGGUCUCAGUGUCCUCCACCCCGCCCAUGAAACCGGUCAUCACCGACAGAAACUAUUUCCACCUGCCUUACUUUGAGAGGAAGCCAUGUAUUUAUAUCAAGAGCUGGUGGCAGGACCAGAGAAGAAGACUGUACAAUGCCAACAUCAUGGACAACAUCGCAGAUAAACUGGAGGAGGGUCUGAACGAUGUUCAGGAGGUCAUUAAGACAGAGAAGGCCUAUCCGGAACGCAGACUGAGAGGGGUCCUGGAGGAUCUCGGCAACGGAUGCAGUCAAUUUCUGGCUCUGGCUAACAAUGACCAGAAUCAGACUGGGAGGACCAAGCUGGACAAGGAGAGACUCAAGUCCUGCAUGAGGGAACUGGAGAGCAUAGGUCAGCAGGCUAAGACCAUCAGGACGCAGGUGAAGAAGAAUACAGUGAGAGAUAAGAUCAAACUGGUUCAGAACUUCCUCCAGAAGCUCAGGUUCCUAGCUGAUGAGCCGCAGCACAGCAUCCCUGACAUCUACAUCUGGAUGAUGAGUAACAACAAGCGCAUUGCCUACGCCCGUGUCCCCUCCAAAGACAUCCUGCACUCCGGGGUGGACGAGGAGACUGGGAAGGACUGUGGCAAAGUCAAAACCAUCUUCUUCAAGCUGCCUGGUAAGAAGGGCUUUGGUGCAGCUGGCUGGACAGUGCAGGCUAAGACAGAGAUCUACCUGUGGCUGGGUCUGAACCGUCAGAGGAAGGACUUCCUGUCUGGGCUGCCCAACGGCUUCGAGGAGAACAAGAUGCUGAAAGGACCUGGCUCGCAGUCUGCUCCCCCCAUCAGCCUCACAUACACGAUGAAGCAGAUCUUCCAGCUGAGGGUCCAUAUGUACCAGGCUCGCAGCCUGUUUGCAGCAGACAGCAGCGGCCUCUCAGACCCCUUCGCCAGGGUCUUCUUCUCCACACACAGCCAGGUCACAGAGGUGCUGAAUGAGACACUGUGCCCCACCUGGGACCAGCUGAUGGUGUAUGACAACGUAGAACUGUUUGGAGAAGUCGGAGAACUGAGGGACGACCCGCCUAUCAUCGUCAUAGAAAUCUAUGACCAGGACACGGUGGGCAAAGCAGAGUUCAUGGGCAGGACCUUCGCCAAGCCUAUAACCAAGAUGGCGGAUGAACACUACGGACCUCCACGUUUCCCUCCCCAACUAGAGUACUACCAGAUCUAUAGGGGGAACUGCACCGCUGGAGAAAUGCUGGCGGCCUUUGAGCUGCUGCAGAUUGGUCCUCAUGGUAAAGCUGACCUGCCGCCCAUCGAUGGUCCUACAGACAUGGACCGUGGUCCCAUCCUACCAGUCCCUCUGGGCAUCAGACCAGUCCUCAGCAAGUACAGGAUCGAGGUGUUGUUCUGGGGCCUGAGGGACCUGAAGAGGGUCAACCUAGCCGCGGUGGACAGGCCUCGUGUGGACAUAGAAUGUGCCGGUAAAGGAGUCCAGUCUUCCCUCAUCCAGAACUACAAGAAAAAUCCCAACUUCGGCACCCUGGUUAAGAUGUUUGAGGUGGAUCUGCCCGAGAACGAGCUGCUCCACCCUCCCCUGAACAUCAGAGUGGUGGACUGCAGAGCUUUCGGUCGUUACACCCUGGUGGGGAACCAUGCUGUCACCACCUUACGCAAGUUCAUUUACCGGGCAGCAGACAAGCACGCCAACAACUGGAACACUCAAGAGGAGAUCAUUGUCAACUAUGAGCCAGAGCCCACCAUCAAGAAGAUGGAGACCAUGGUUAAGCUGGACUCUGGGUCCGAUGCUGUGGUUAAAAUUGAGGAGGAUGAGAAGGGAGGGAAGAAGAAGAAAAGGAAGAAGGGAGGAGACGAGGUGGAGGAGGAGGAGUUUGAUGAAAGCAUGUUGGAUUGGUGGUCCAAGUACUUUGCCUCGAUCGAAACUCUGAUGGAGAUUCUCAAGGCUCAGGAGGCAGCUAUGGCGGAUGCUGAGGAGAAAGAGGACCAGGAUAUUGCUGCUGAGGGCGGAGGUAACAAAGACAAUCCUAAACUAAUGUUGAAAACACAAGAGCAGCAAAUCUAUUAG